AUGCCACUUGACCGUGAAGCCCUCAGGCUUGCCAUGCAACAACGAACCCCUCCAACACCAAGAACUCCUUCUACAGGUCCAUCCACGGAAGCUCCAGCAGAUGAAGCUCAUAGUGGCCACAAGCGACCACAUGAUGAUAUUGACGACUCGAUAACCGAUGAGGAGAAUGUUCUGCCAUCAUCUGCCAUUGCAUUGGGAUCUUCGUCAGUGUUACGGCCGAGUGUCUCAGCAAAUGUGGCCACAAACCUGGAAGUAUUCACAGCCAAUGAGUGCAAGAAGGCACGGCUGGAUGAGACGGAGACAGCUGAGGUUCAGGCUUUCAACAAGCUUACAUUUGACAAGAGACUGACCCGGUUAUACAUCAAGUUGACCGCCACUGACAAAAGACUCGGGAACUUCGACGAGGCCAAGAAACAAAUUCAAGAGAAGAUCUCACCGAGACGAUCAUGCCAGAGCAACAUCAAGACAUAUGCCCACGCAAUCUUGCUGGAUCCGUGUCUACAUGGAUACCACGAGAAGGUCCCCAUCAAGCAUCUUCUGACCAUCAUCAAGAGAAUGAGGUUUGACCUUCCAGUUGACAUCAAGAAGAAUUGCGCGCACUGGCAACUCAUCAAGUCGGAAGUUGGUGAAGUGUUCACACAACGUAGACGGGCAUUCAAGGAGGAGAUCAAGAAGAGCACUGACUGGGACAUCUACACAAUAAUGAAGAGGCUGAUCGGCGACAGUGGGUGUAAGAUGUCCUUGGAGUUAAUUGCUCGUGUUGCAAUUAUGCGUUGCGUAUUCUUCGAAGAAGAAAAGACGGACAACGCCUUCUGGAUUGAAGUCGAUAAGGUCCUCGCGCAAAUCUGA